UAUGGAAGGAUAUUAUGAAAACCCAGGAAUUUUUAUAAACUAAUUGUUACAAUAAGAGGAUUAGAGUGAUUUUGAAGAGGAAUUUUAUUGGCUUUAAAAUGCUUUAAAAAACCUAAAUUAAUAAGUAUUUCCAUUUUAAUUUUUAGUUGCGCGGUACAAAUGUUACAGGACCUGAAUUUAUUGGAGCACAUCCUAAAUCAUUAUCAAAGGCAAAAUUAGCUUAAAUUAAGAGAGAGCUUACUGAUUGGUUGGUUUGUGAAAAAACAGAUGGUGUGAGAUAUUUGUUAAUUAUCUUAAAUAAUGGACAUUGUUAUUUUACAGGUAGAAAUUUAGGAGGUUUAAAUGUUUCAAAUAGUCCAUAUCAAUUACAUCUUGUGAAAAUUAGAGUUCCUUCAUAAUUAAUAAAUCCAUAGGAAUUGAAAAUAAUUGAAAUGUUUGAUGGAGAGCUUAUAGUUGAAAAUUAUCCUAAUAAUACUUAGGCAUUAAACUAUUUAAUAUUUGAUACACUAAUUCAUAAUACAAAUUAUACAUCAAAAUUUUAAUAUUUUGAUAGAUUGAGAUGUGCAUAAGAAUAUUUAGAAUUAAGGAAAAAUCUAAAAAAGAUGGGUCCAUUAUAAAACAUAGAUUUUUAACCUUUAAAACAUUUUCCAAAAAUUAGAUGCAUUUUGAAGGAUUUUUUUUAUCCAGAUAGAGCAAGGUAUAUUUGUUACAAUUAUAUACCCUUAUUACCUCAUGGAAAUGAUGGACUUAUAUUUACAAAAAAUUCAUUUCCUUAUGUGUCUGGUACAAAUGAAAAUAUUGUAAAGUGGAAACCACCAGAAAAAAAUACAAUUGAUUUUUUGAUAUGUCCAAAUAGAAAAAUAAAAGUUAUAGAUCCUAAUUAUGGAUUAUUAGAAUUAUAUGUAAUGUUCAAUUAAAAAUAAACAAAAAAUUACUUUCUAUUUGAUUUUAUUUAUGCUAAAAAAGAAUUAAUAGAAGAAAUUUAAACAUAAAUCUUAAAUUAAAUAGAAAAGCUUGAAAGUCUUGGAUCACAUGAAGGAGUGAAAGGAAUAGUAGCAGAAUGUAAAUUAGAAAGAUUACAAUCUCCAGUUGUAAAAAUAUAAGCACUUUAUGAAUUAAAUAAAAAUGAAUAUUAUGAUGAAUCAAGAUUAGAAAACUUUUAUUAAUAACUUUUAAAUAAUACAGAAUUAGCAUUUAAAUUAGAUUCAUCAAUGUUAUAAAAUUAAAUUAGUUUAUUGAAAGACAUAAGAGAAAGAAUUCAUUUAAAGUAUAAUUUUAAAUUUUAAUGGGUAAUUGAAAAAUAUAGAACAGAUAAGACAAGUGCUAAUGCUUUGUUUGUAGCAUAGAAUUUACUUGAAAUAAUAAGUGAAGUAUCUAUUAUCUAUUAUAAAGGACUUGAAAUAAAUAGAAUUAAUAGAAAUCUUAGAAAAAUUGAAUACAUUAUAAUGA